AUCCAGCGUCCGUUUGAAAAACUAAGCAUGGAGACAGCGAAAGUCUCCGGGUAUAACGCUUCAUUCAUCAUGAUUGCGACUUAUUGCUUUUUGCUACAAGUGCUGUAUUUCUUGUGCUGUGACCUGUAUGUUUCUAUCUGUGAGGACUGUGUAACCUUGUUUGGUUCUCAACAGAUUCAUGUUGGCGUACAGGACAUAUCCUCUUAUAAUAUGGCGGAUUCUCGUGAUCCGGAAAUCGUGAUUGUACAACGUAACAGCUUUGUUACCUCAGCCUUUGCCGUCGCCAUCCCUGUGAUGGCAUUGUUGGCAGGCUUGGCGUUUGCUGUUUACUGUUUUCACAAGAUUAAAGGAACACGAGAUCUUGACGUCUUGGAUAUUAGUAAAGAAACCAUACUGGAAGACAGUAUGGAAACUGAACAUCUCGAUGAUAUGGAACAACUGGACGAGACUGAUGACGACUCAGACACCGACUUUGACGAAGUGGCUAGACUGGAAGACAGUCUAAACAUGGAACAACUCGACGAGACUGAUGACGACUUGGAUACUGACUGUGAUGAAGUUGACGAAGUAGUUAGACUGGAAGACAGUCUAAACAUGGAACAACUCGAUGAGACUGAUGACUUGGAUACUGACUGUGACGACGUUGACGAAGUGGCUAGACUGGAAGACAGUCUAAAUAUGGAACAACUCGACGGUUAUCUUCUUCAACAAAUUGAAAAACUUCUCGAUGACAAACUGCAUUUAGAGGAAGAUUUAAGAUUGGCUCAAAAUAAAGUGCAGAAGCUGGAAAAGGUAAAUGAAGAACAGACGGCUACAAUAACGACAUUGGAGAGUCAUCUGGGUGAGAAAGAUCUCUUGCUCAAGAAGAGAGACGAAGAGGAAAGAGAGAGGGAAAUGUUUUUCCAGCAGGAGAUAGCUGAGAAGCAGAGAGAGCUGGAGGCCACUGUACAGAAGGAAACAGAACUCUGCCUGAAAUUAAAAGAAUCCGAAAAUAUGAAUCAGUUGCUUGAUUUGGAAAACGAAGAGUUCUGUAAAAUGAAUGAAGACCUUAGGAACGAUUUACUUGAUAAAGAGAAGGAAGUCGACCUUCUGAAAGAAUCCCUCAACCUUAAAACUAAGGAAUUGGAGGAAGGUCAAGACAUACGGGAAAUAAUGAAGAGACGAUUGGAGGAAAAUGAAGAGGAUAACUCUUCUCUCCAAGAAAAACUGAGGCUCGCUGAAAAAGAGAACGUAAGUAUCCAGCAGGAUGUCCUAAUUAUGCAGGACGAAAAUCAAAAGCUCCAGUCACUUCUCAGCCAAGCAGAAUCUGUGGCCAUCUUGACAAAGGAAAUCUUAAACGCUGAGAAAACAAGUCCAUGA